CGUGCUAAUUUGUGAUAACGUCAUCCACCCUGUCCAUUCCCAAAUCAAACCUUUCUACAAUAAAGCUCUAAAUCUCUCUGUUUAGUAUCCCAACUCAAAUUCCAAACUCAAAUGUGUCUGACUUUUAUCUUAAUUUUCGCACCAACAUUCUUUCCUAUUUGAAAAAAAAUUAGUAUUUUUUUUUGUUUGUUUUAUCAUUACUGUUAAUUUGUUUAGUGCUGUCCCAUUUAAAUAUUAAAUCAAUUGAGUGUUCUCAUCUAUUUGUUUAUUAGUGCUGUAAUGGGAACCCCGUUCUUGAUGCAUCAUUUCUACCAUUCACCAACACAAGACAACAUCAUUAGCACAAACCUCUACUUGUCCGUUUCUUGCAGACCCUUGAAGAAAUAGAGGCCAAGCUCCCAACUUCUCUUGGUUUUUAUCAAACUCAUGAUUUGGUUUUCCUUUCCAUUUCACCUCCUCUUCUUUUAUCACCCCAAGAAAAUCAUUGUUUCUGAUUAAUGGGUUUUGUUUUUUAACACGCGCUUAUUAAUUUCCCUUGGGAAAUAUGGUAUGGUGCGUGUUGUUGCUCACCACCAAAUGAGUUGAUGAUUAUCUCCCAUAACACCCGUCACCUUUUUGUUUCCAGAAUUCAUUAUUUCUUUUAUAUUUCUUUUUUCCUCCUUGACAAUUUCUAGACUUUGCCUUUUUUUAGCCUUUUAUUUCUUUGCCUUGUAACCAAUUGUUAUGAUGGAGUCGAUGGAAUCGUCUGUCCCACCUGGUUUUCGAUUUCACCCAACGGAUGAGGAGCUUGUUGGGUAUUACCUGAGGAAGAAAGUUGCGUCACAAAAGAUCGAUCUUGAUGUCAUCAGAGAUAUCGAUCUGUACAGGAUCGAACCCUGGGAUCUCCAAGGUAUGUACGUAGAGAGAUGCCGGAUCGGAUAUGAGGAGCAAAAUGAGUGGUAUUUCUUCAGCCACAAGGAUAAGAAGUAUCCGACGGGGACGAGGACUAACAGAGCUACAAUGGCGGGGUUUUGGAAAGCGACCGGCAGAGACAAGGCAGUGUAUGAUAAGGCCAAGCUGAUUGGCAUGAGGAAAACCCUUGUCUUCUACAAGGGACGCGCACCAAAUGGCCAGAAAAGUGACUGGAUCAUGCAUGAGUAUAGGCUUGAAUCUGAUGAAAAUGGACCUCCACAGGAAGAAGGAUGGGUGGUAUGUAGAGCAUUCAAGAAGCGAACCACUGGCCAAACCAAAAGCAUUGAAGGGUGGGACUCUAGCUACUUCUAUGAUGAAUCAAGUGGGGUCAGCUCAGUGGUGGAUCCGAUCGAUUUCAUUUCAAGGCAACCCCAAAACUUUUUAGCACAGAAUUUCUUGUGUAAGCAAGAGUUAGAAGCGGAAAACAUGAGAUUCAUGCAGUCUGAUCCGUUUGUACAACUUCCUCAGCUAGAGAGCCCAUCUCUACCAUUAAUAAAAAGGCCGAGCUCAAUAUCUCUCAUAUCAGAAAAUAAUGAAGAAGAAGAGCAAAUCAACAAUAGCGGGUGCAACAACACUAAGAAAGUGACUGACUGGAGGGCCCUUGACAAGUUUGUUGCUUCACAAUUGAGUCAAGAAGACAGAUUUGAAGGUGAUGGAGAAUCAAGCUUUGGGCCACAUAAUCAUAACUCAGAUAUGUCACUGCUGUUAUUGCAGAGUAGUAGGGAUGAUGAAGAGAACUUGAAUGGGUUCUUGAAUGCAAGUUCAGACUGUGACAUUGGUAUAUGCAUAUUUGAGAAAUGAAGAUAGGGGAGGUGAAAGAGAUUUGUAUUUGUGGUAUUAUUAUAUAUAAAUGUAUGAUGGUUGAUGGUUCUUAAUUGGAGAGAUAUAUUAUAUAUUUUUGUAAA